AUGAGUUCUCGCGAUGAAGCCUUUGCGAAAGCAAGAAAAUUGAAUGAUAGCGAAAAAUUUGAUGAAGCGAUGGAAGAAAUUUCAGAGUUUCUCUUUUCUCAAAACUUUUUUUAUUUUUAUUUCAAGAUGGACUUCUCAAGAUGGAAUUGAGUACACACUGCCAGAAAUAGAAACAAUCAAUGCCAUAAUAAGCGAUAAAACUACGAGGUAUGAUGGCCUGAAAAAGAUAUGAAAAGUCUUAUAUCUUAUUUUUCAGCUGCACCUUCGAAGACAAGAAAGACGCUUGCUUGAGUUGCAUUGAUCUGAUCGAGGGAGCCAAACUAGUGUAUGUUGUGAUCUCAAAACACGAUGAAAAAUGAACUUUUUUUGCAGAAAAGAUGCUCGUUGGUUGGAAAUGUACAACGAGUCUGUUUACGACGUUUUCAGUAAGUUGAGCAGGUGUGCUCGUGAAGAAGAACGUGAGCAACUCUGGAACCGACUCAAGGUCUCACUUCUAUUUUCACCUCGAAACUUUUUGGUUUCAGGAAAUUUACUAUGAAAUCACGCUAGCUGUAAAAAAAACGUGGAAAGACAAAAACUCUCCGGGAGGCUUGGCAAUUUAUUUGAGUUUCUCAAAGUUAGUGAAGAGUUAUCUGGAUGUGGCUGACGAGGAAUCUUUCAAGGUGAGAACCUUUUUUAUCAGGUUUUUCCUAGAAGAUUAGUUAUAAGCUCUUGCUUUUGGUGUCUUUGCGACUUUGGAGAGACAUCUUAUCUUUGUUUUUUUGGUCGUCGUCUACGAAGUUGUCACUAAUUAUCGGCAUACCCCGUGUUUUAGUUCCUCGUUGAAACGAGGGAUUAUGACCGUGAUUAUCAGUCAAAAAAAAGAUUGUGCCCUCUGAGGUCACUUUGAUUGAAUGAAAACCAUUUUUCAGAUGUGCGAUAACUUCGCAAAAGAAGCAAAGUUUGUCGGAAAAGGAAAAUUGGAUGAUGACGAGUGGAAAGAAGCCAAUAAAGCCAUCGAAACUAUAAAAAAGAACAUCAGCGAUGCGAAGCACGAAAAGGAGCUGAUAAUCGACGAUUAA